AUGGGCGCCAGAAAUCUCCACGUAUUCGAUAUCAGGGCAGCUGCAGAGGGAAUCAUUGGUAAUGGAUCUUUCACCACAGACUGGACCGGCUUUCAGUUCCAAGCCAAUUCGACAAACGCGGUCAUCAACCAGCUACGAUUCGCCACCUCCAAGACGGUACGGCAGUCGAGUAUUAUUCUCGCGAGCUUCAAUGCAGUGGUAGGACUCGUCUUGGCGCUGGGAAUCUUUGGAGACUGCUACUGGUCUGCCAAGAGGGCCGAUCCCAAGAUGAAAUUGAGGACGUCAAUGUAUAAAAUAAUAGGUCCCAUGAAUAUCUUCCCAUUCACUUUGGCAAUCGGAAUAUUCAUUCAAGGGAUCAUUACUGCUGUUGAGCAGUCAAAGGGCCUGCAAGGACUGCUGAUUCUUGGCUGUUUGCCCAUUUCACAAGUCAUGUUGCCCACCAUUUUCAUUGUACCAUAUAUCCAGUUUGUUUUUGGGAUGGAGACCACCGCGCGCGCCUUUCGACGACGGGCCUUUGACAGCUUUGGCAAGUGGACAAUCUCCGUCUGCGUAGCGCUGGUCGUCGUCUCUCUCAUUGCAACAUAUGUAGUCACCCGUGUGGUGCAGCCGCCCAACUUUUGCUUCGCCUCACUAUUUUGGUUCGUGCAAAGGUAUCGAGUUCUAUGCUUUGCCCUCUUUACCAUCAUAUCCGGAAGUCUGCUGCUCGGCAGCGUCAUCACAUUUAUAAGACUCUAUCAAAGCUCGACAGGCGGCGUCAUCGAGAGGAUUGCAGCCUCACGAAUGGUCUACUACAUGUGCAUUGGCGCCAUUACAAACAGCAUUGUGAUACCAUUCUUCGCCAGUCUUACUAUCCACAACGACAUGGAGGUUUCUCAGUUGCGCGGUAAUUUGUCCAUGGCUGCCAUGGUGGCCACCAAUUUGACCGCUCUGACGAAUGGCGGCCUCUACGUUUUCUUGCGUACCUGCCAUAGAAGUAACAUCGGUCGCAAGGGCUAUUUCGAGAUGGAUCGUGAGAAGCAGCAGAAGCAGACGAGGAGGCGGCAGGUUCGCAAAUCACUCAUGGCGGAGACGUAUACGAACCAGAUGGAGCAGCCCGUCUCUCUACCCCCGCGCGUGUACCAGUCAGACUCACCUAGCGGCGCAAACCGCCAAAGCAUGGUUGCGGAAAGCCAGAUUGGCCUAGCGCAGACAUCGAGCGCGACGGGAUCUGUCAACUCUGCCGGUUCGCCAAACAGGUCUCACGCCCGCAAGGCGUCGUACAGUGUCUUUCCGCAGCAGCAACCGCCGCCGCCGCAGCAGCAGCAAACUCCGGCACUCAACGCCAAGCCACUGUCGAUUCUACCCGCCGCCACCUAUACGCCGCCCACGCUCGCCCGUGGCGAAAGUGCCGAGGUGAAUGACGAGGAUCUUGAGGCCAUGGAGAUUGACAUCAUACGGCGGGACAUUUCCAGUCUGCUGCCGCCGAUGCCCGGCUUUGUGCCGAGCCACCAGCGGGACUCGUCUAUGGGGUCCUCUGCUACGGUGCAGAUUGGCCUCCGCCUUUCCAACGUCAACGACAUGCCCCGCACGGCCGACGGCGGCGGUCUUUCGUACCUGCAAGAGCGCAUGCCCACGCCGCGCCCGACUUCGUCCAUCUACCCUCAGACCGUCCGCUCCACCGCGGUGGUGGCGGCGAGGGAACCCGUGUCUCCUCGCAGCUCUGUGCGCGUCGGAAGUACCGUCUGGGUCGACCCGGCCAAGCAGCUGCCGCCGGCGCCACUGCAGCCAGCCAAGAAGGAGCGCAAGCAAAAGGAGCGUGACAGCCAGAUGCUGCUCAGCCCGACGGUGUACAGUCCCGAUGGCCCGGCAAACAGCGCGACCAUGUCGAGCCCGUCGGACAAGGAUCCUCGGAUGUCGCCGUGGGAGCGCACGGGGUCGGUAACGGAGAAGCGGCCCUCGGAAUGGAUUUGA